GAGGCGGUGGCGUAGGAGGCGGUGGCGUAGGAGGCGCCCAGCGGCGCAGCCUGCCUCGCCCUUUCCGCCCCUCACAGCCCAAAGUCAGCGAGCACUGACACGGCGUGCAGGUAAAGACAAGAGUGCCGAUACAAGUCCCGGAAGCAAGCAGGCAGGCAGGUUGGCCUGAGGACAUUUGGGGCUUUCUGCCAACAAAUUAAGAACGAGCCUCGCUGGCAGUGGAACAACAUUUUAUUUCCUUUAUUUUAUUUUAUUUUUUUUGGUCGUGUUUGUGUUCACCUUUUGUGGGGCGUCGCAUCUUGUACUUUGCGGGAGGUGACCCUCAGGUACUUUCAGGUAUCUUGUUUGCUAGCUCGACGACUCCUGUGGAUUUACUCGAAGAACAAGCUCAAAGUAACCAACGAAGACGAGCAUCGUCACCCGUGCAGCCGACGGCAUGCUGCCCUCCAGGCCGUCAGGGAGAGGGCCAGUCUGAAUGGCGACCUAGCGCCGCCAGUCUUCCCCGCCGUUUGAAAGGCACCCCUACCUUGCCAUCUCGCCUCCGUCCUCCGAGCCCAGCCUCCGCCCAACCCCUCCCCGGCGCCGCCAUGGAUAUUCAGACAGACGACACCGAGGGAUGCUACCUGAACCGCAGCGUCAAAUUUUUCUACGAGAAAAGCGGCAAGAACAUCAGCGACCACUGGAGCCGCCGUGACUACGUCAUCGUCUCGCUGGGGAUGACCGUCUGCUUCAUCGUCAUUUUCUCCAACCUGCUUGUCAUUGGGGCCAUUUUAAAAAACCGACGCUUCCAUUUCCCCAUCUAUUACUUGUUGGGGAACUUGGCUCUGGCAGACCUCUUCUCAGGUGUCUCCUACCUCCACUUGAUGUUCCACACGGGCCCGUGGACGAUCAAGCUGUCCAAGUACCAGUGGUUCGUGCGCCAGGGGCUGAUCGACACCAGCCUGACCGCAUCCGUCCUCAACCUGUUAGCCGUGGCCGUGGAGCGCCACCAGACCAUCUUCAACAUGCAGCUCCACAGCAAGAUGAGCACCCGGCGCGUUUUUGUCAUCAUGAUCUUCAUCUGGCUGGUGGCCAUCGUCAUGGGCCUGGUGCCCACCAUGGGAUGGCACUGCCUGUGCGACCUGGACAAGUGCUCCACCAUGGCGCCGCUCUACAGCCGCAGCUACCUGGUGUUCUGGGCGCUCCUCAACCUGCUGACUUUCUCCAUCAUGGUGGCCGUCUACACUCGCAUCUUCUUGUACGUGAGGCACAAGAGCAAGCAGAUGUCGCAGCACACCACGCAGAUGAGACAUCGGGAGACGGUGCUCAACCUGAUGAAGACCGUCUCCAUGAUCUUAGGCUGGUUUGUGAUCUGCUGGACUCCCGGCCUGGUGGUGCUGCUGCUGGACGGCCUGGGCUGCGACAAGUGCAAAGUGCUGCGCUACGAGAAGUACUGCCUGGUACUGGCCGAGUGCAACUCCCUGGUCAACCCCAUCAUCUACUCCUUCCGGGACAAGGACAUGCGGAGGACCUUCAGGGAGAUCCUGUGCUGCCUGUGCCAGCGCGGCGGCGACAAGUCGGGCGUGUCCGGCGUGAACUUUAACACCCUGGACCACGAGAACUCCAAGUCUCGCGACAUGGAGCUGAUGGAGAAGAGCAACGGGGCGCCGCUCAUCAGCAAACACUCGGACGAGGCGCCAUCGCCGGACAGUUGGAAUUAAAACCCCAACAUGCACGCCUGUCCGGAUGGCAUAACUUAUUCAUUUGUGUGUGUGACACUUGAGGUGGAUCGGACCUCGUUUCCUGUUUUACCGACCCGCCCAGCACCUUUCAAAACAUUUGGAAACACUGCAGCACUGCCUGCAUGAUGGAUGUUGCCGCAACAGAGCGCCUGCAAGUCCUUUUUUUGGGGGGGAGCUUUUUGGAGCUUUUUUUUUUUUUUUUUUUCGUCUUGUUUGUGAGCUCCCGAUCAAGCUUUUGUCAGCUUUCUGAGAGGAGGACACAAAAGUAAUAAACCAACAAAAGCAAAGAACUAAUACAUCUAUGAGACUUUUUUUUUUUUUUAUAUGGUCUACCAUCUCAAAAGUACUCCGAAUGUUAUAUUUAUGAUGCUUUUGUUUGUAGCCUGAAUGUGGUACCUGAAAAUUCAAUGUUCAAUACUGUGGUUCAUUAGCUAAACAAGUUCGGAAGAAGUAGACGGAGUUAGUUAUAAUAUUUGAACUGUGACUUUUAUGCAGUUGUGGGGAAACAAGUUCUUGGUCGUGACUCAAAAUUUUGCGUUUCACUAGCUUUGCUGCGUCAGCAUUUUUCCCCACCCUAUUCUGAACACAAUCAACUUAUCGAAUGAGUUUUCCGACGCUUUUUCUGGAAACUAAAUUUAUGGAGAAAGUCGAGAAAACACACGAAAUUUUCUUUUUUUUUUUAAAGAGCUAAUAUUGGUCGGCUGAUUAAUCGUUGGGGCCUUAGUCUAUACAUUAUUGAACUAUUAGCCGUCACCAAUAUAAGCGUCGAAAUGUAAAGUGAAGCUGAAAAUGUUGAAAAAUUGGAGUCCUUGGCAAAACUUUUGUCCACGCCGGUAUUUCUAUUCCAUUUCUGUGCCUCUGUGCAGUAAUCGUUUCCUGAGACUGACUAUUUGUCGUUGUGUGAGUGAAGCAUCACGUUGGUGUCCUUCCAAGUAUUUCUGACACUUUUGAGAAGUGCGAACAGUACAGCAUUUAGUCCACUUCCACAUACUGAUGGGGAUCAUUGUUUUUUUUGUUUGUUUUUUUUUAAUAUAUAUAUGAGUGACGGUGAUGUCAUUAAAUAUGUUUCCCUUCA